UGCAAGCAACACCAGACUGCAAGAGCACAAGGUAUUUCAUAGCUUGAAUAUAAGGAGCAAAGAGAUAAGAAAUAAGGAGAAGUAAUGAGGAUCUCAGUCCAUUUCAUCGUAUUCUUCCUUUGGGUGCCAAAAGGGCAUGUGAGUUCUGCAAACACAAAGGCACUCAUAGAUUAUAAAGUGGUAAAAUGGGGGGACAGUCUAGUGUUGAACUGCACCUAUAACUGCUCGUCUGGAUUUACCCGUGGCUCCUGGAGGACAGAGUCUGAUAUAUCUGAUUGCAACACAACACCAGGAAAUGGCAGCUUUUGCACUGUGUCCAUCUGCCUAUCAAAUAUUUCUACUCAACAUAUAGGAAAGAACUACAGCUGCUACACAGAAGCUAUAGAUGACCCUAAACUUACAAAACAAACUGUGCGCAUCAUUUUCCUUCGACUUCAAGCUCGAGACACUGUCCCGAACUGGACAAGAAAUCCCAAUAUUGAUCUCAAAAAUACAUCGCUUCCUGCUGAACAUGGGACUUCAAAUGGAGGUGAGGCAGCAAAUUGUAAAUUCCAAAAAUUGUUUUUAGGAACUUCAAUCAGUCAUAUUGGAUCUGUUUUCAUGUUAACAGGAGAAUUUAACGGAAUGAAGGUCUUGGCAGCGGCAACCAUCACAGUGGCCACGGUUCUUGCAGUUUUGGCAGUCUUCUUAUGCAUAAACCGCAACAGGCACAUCUGGAAUGGUAAAGGGGAGCGGGUUGUGUCCAGGUCAUAUUCACACCAACCCCCAAAUGCUGCCCUCCAACCAGUAAAAGGGAUGCUAUCAACACAAAGUGAGAAAAUAAUCUUACGGAUUCCUCCGCCUGAAAAUGAGGGGGACACUGAGGUUCCAUAUGCGGAUAUAAUGAUCACCGUCCGAGGGGUCAGUACACCAGAGCUCACUCAGGUUGGCUACUUAGGAACAGGAGAGUGGCGAGGAGAUGAAUCAAGAUGCCACCUGCAGGCCUCGCGCUCAGCUGACCGACUGCAUGUGCCCCAGCCCAGAGAGGUCAGCCGCAAGAUGAGCACCAACUCUGAGUAUGCAGUUAUCACAUAUGCCUGACCAUAGAUAUUUCAGCCUGUUUUUACUGCAGCACGUGGCCCAGGAAACACCUUCUGUGCCUCGGUAAAAUUCCCCAGUCUCAUUUCAGAAACGUAUCUACAUACUUACUGUUUAAACUUUGUUUAAAACACUCCUGUUACUGUUGUUUUUAACAAGUCCAGGUAUAUUCCAUUAUGUGCUCCUUUAAAUGCAGUGCAACACAAAUAGAUAACUCUACGUAUAAUCGUGGACCACUGAGCACAAGGGUUUUCUUGUUUUGUUUGUGCUUUUGACUCUGACAGCAGUAGUACGUGAUAAUGUUAUAAGCUGAUACAUUUCAGUGCUAAUCAAGUUUAUCUUCAAAUGGAUCACUUUAAAGGGACAAAUUAUUUAACCUGAGAAACUCCGUCUUGAAUCUGAUACAGCUGGACUGUUCAUCAGUGCCUUUAGAAAACAGGACCCUUUAAGGACUCUGAGAGAGAGAUCAUCCUUCAGUUGAUUAUUCACUGUGAUUGCUGGCUUUAGGAAUCACUUUGUUAAAAAAUUACUUUAUUUUCCAUCAAUGUUUUUAAAUUUUUUUUUUUUUUUCAUAGAUUUAAACACUGACACCGUUGAGCAUCCAGGACGACAGCUCACAGUACUUUGUGAAGUUGUCCUUGAUCUCAUAAGUGAUUAAUUUUUACAUGCAUUAACCCCCUAAAACACUCAUAACCUAAUCAUUUGUGUAAAAUCCCAUAGAUUUUGGGUUUGCGUUUCCCCAGAUUUCAUACAAGCAGUAUUUGGUUCACAAAACUUGCAUUCUGUAUCAGGGAGGCAUGAAUUAGCCUACACACAGCUGUUUGAGCACUCAGUGGCUUAUUGCUCUGGUUUAUCUGUACAGGUCCUUCUCAAAAAAUUAGCAUAUUGUGAUAAAGUUCAUUAUUUUCUAUAAUGUAAUGAUGAAAAUUUAACAUUCAUAUAUUUUAGAUUCAUUGCACACUA